CGGCGAGCCCCCUCUCAGAUUAAUCGGCCUGGCAGGGAAUGUGGAGAGUAGGGAUGGCUGCUGGCGAAGGCCUGGGAUCGGCACUCAGGACGGUAAAGGAGCGGGUGCAGCAGGCAGCGGCCCGGAGACCCCAGAGCUUGCCCGCAAUGCAGCCUCGUCUGGUAGCUGUCAGUAAAACGAAACCUGCCGAAAUGGUGAUAGAGGCCUACAAACAUGGACAGCGCAGUUUUGGAGAAAACUAUGUUCAAGAAUUGCUAGAAAAGGCAUCAGACUCCAAAAUCUUGUCAUCCUGUCCAGAGAUUAAAUGGCAUUUCAUAGGCCACCUUCAGAAAAACAAUGUCAGCAAGCUGAUUGCUGUACCCAACCUAUUUAUGCUGGAAACGGUGGAUUCUGUGAAACUGGCAGACAGACUGAACAGUUCUUGGCAGAAGAAAGGUUCUUCGGAGAGGCUGAAGAUCAUGGUGCAAGUGAACACCAGCGGGGAGGACAGUAAGCACGGCCUGCCACCUGGUGAAACAGCAGCGACUGUGGCACAUAUCACCCAGAAGUGUCCAAGCCUGGAAUUUGUGGGCUUGAUGACAAUUGGCAGUUUCGGGCAUGACCUCAGUCAGGGACCCAAUCCUGACUUCCAGUUGUUGAUCUCCUUGCGUCAGGAGGUGUGUGAAAAGCUCCAUAUCCCGAUUGAGAAGGUUGAGCUGAGCAUGGGGAUGUCGUUAGACUUUCAGCAUGCAAUUGAAGUUGGAUCCACCAAUGUUAGAAUCGGAAGCACAAUCUUCGGUGAACGCGAUUACUCCAACAAGCCUUCCAGUGACAAGGCCCUCGGAGAAAUUAAAGGAAAACUGGAGAACUUGACAGUGCAGGAGCACUAAUGUGAGAAGGCCAAGGCAAUUCCCUCCCCCAGCGGCGGGAAUACGCUCACAUAGACCUUACUAUGCACUUGAAUUUCUCCCUUUGUGCUGACCAAUGUGGGGCGCUAUCAGGUAAUCGGGAGGUGUCACAAGCGCCUCAGUUACCUGUAACUUUGUUAUUGUGUAUCCAUAGAAAUUGGAUUUUUUUAACCAGCAAAUGAACACCUGUGAUUGACAAGUGACUUUUGGUACCUUAGCUACAGUGACUUUAGAUAGCUCUACUGGAUAACCAGCUGACUUAAGCCCUACUAGGUCUGGGCAUAAAACCAUUUCCAGCCGUGACCAUCCUACAUUUCUGAUUGGAGAAGUGGGUUUUCUCCUUUCCUGGAGGCUGAAGUCCCUCCCUUGCAGGGAUGCCUCUGACAUGCUUUGUCACAUUUCCCCACAGAAUGCUGCAUGUAGACCGAGGUGUUCUUGCGGCAGCCUCUCCUAAACCCUUAAUGACACUAAAGUAGCCACUCAGUGCGGAUGGGCCACUGAGGAGAGAUGGGGAAAGAUCCACUUGCACAUGUAAGCGAUCAGAAGUCUUUAUUAUUAUUUUUAUUAUUAUUAUGCCACAGAGUUGAAAAGCGUGAAGCGUUUUGAGGGUUGAAAUUGUCCUCCAAAGACUGGCGUCGCCAGCUCCAAUCACGUAGCUACAUAUCACGUUCUUUUCUCCUGUUAUAAAACGGUUCCCUCCCCCACCCUCCUGGGUGCCCCUAGUUCUGCUAGGUAGCGGUACGUUUCCACUAGCCAAAGCAGGGAAUCCCUGGCUCUGCUCCUGACUUGCUGUGAGAUCUUGGCCAAGUCAUUUAACCAUUCUGUGCCUGCGUCCCCUAUCUGAGAAACGGGGCUCACCUACCUCACGUGGGAGACCGCGAGGCUGCCGUGUCUGGAAAGUUUGUUUGAAAUGCCUCCCCCAGGCCCACUCCCCCCACACACCCAGGAGGGAAGGCACCUGCUGUGGUGUAAAAACAGGCUUGUGCAUCAAUCCAAAAGCAAAACCUAGCAGCCCACAAUUUCAUUUUAUUUACUUAUCUGGACACACUUGUCUGCAUGUACGUACGUGUCUGUGUCGCAAGACGCCUCGCAUGGCGGGUUUGCAAGCGGCUCAUGUGCAAGGAACGACAGGUUAAUGCAAAGCAUCGAUAGCCCAGAUGUUGGGCCCACUUGGUAGGAAGGACAAUGAGUUGGAUGGCCACUGUACAUACUGCUCCGAGAUCUUAAGGAAAUUAAUUUGAAGCAGCUGUGCCUAUUGCUUCACUAAGACUUCAUCCAAGCAUUCAUCUCCGUCUUUGCAGCACCCCACUCAGUGAAAAUGUUUACAGUGGAAUCUGUUUUGUAACUCACCUGUUGACAAUCUAUUCUGAGGCCCAGCCUGCUGCUAAAACGACUGUAGUCCUUGGUAGAAAUACCUUUCUGUCCUCUUCCCUGUAGCCAAAAGCUUCGUGCCUGGUGUGUCUUUUUUGGUUUAAUCUAGCUGUGGGGCUUGUGUUAACUUCCUGGAUGUAACUGAAUGUAACUGCAAAUGAUGAACGUCCAGUCCAGUUGGGUCCCCACUACAUAGGUGCAAUGCUGACUGCAGUCUGAACUGUCCUGGAGUUCCACAGUACAGUAUUUUCAUUGUGUUAAGACUAAAUCCAGUUGUGGAUCGG